AUGCCACGAAAUUAUAAACCAACAUCACCGAAUAAACAUGAACCUGUAACAGUCAACAAAUCCAAAGAUAAACCUACAUACAAAAUUAUUGUAUUAGGUAGUGGUGGAGUUGGCAAAUCAGCUAUAACUAUUCAAUUUGUAAAAUCAUUUUUUUUCUCGGAUUAUGAUCCAACUAUUGAAGAUUCUUAUGUAAAACAAUGUUUAAUUGAUAAUCAAAUAGCACAAUUGGAAAUUCUUGAUUCAGCUGGACAAGAAGAAUUUAAACCAAUGCGUGAACAAUAUAUACGUGUUGGUGAAGGUUUUUUACUUGUGUUUUCUUUAACAGAUCGUCAUUCACUUGAAGAAUGUUAUAAAUUACAUCGCGAUAUAUUACGUAUUAAAGAUACAGAUAAUGUACCAAUGUUAUUAAUUGGUAAUAAAUUCGAUAUACGUCAUAUGGGUAUCGAUAGUCAAGCACGUACAGCUGCUGCUGCAAUGCAUAUACCUUAUUUUGAAACAUCAGCUCGUACUCGUUAUAAUAUUGAUGAAGUUUUUUUUGAACUUGUACGUAUUAUAAGAAAAAAUAAAUGUCAAUAUCAAACAAAUAAUAAUGCAUCAUUAGCAAAACAACAACAUACAUCUCAUUAUUGUUCUUGUACUAUUUUGUAA